UGUUUAUUGGUAUAUUCGGUUAAAAAAUUUCGGACAAAAUAUUUUAUUUGUGUAAAGCUUUCAACCAGACCUGUCAGUUGUAAAGGGUGUUAUGGUUAUCCUUCUGUGAUUGUAUGUCAAUAUUGAGUGUACUGUCUACCACCCCAGUUAUUCUGAAAGAAUACCACUUACAUAGCUCAUGUUUAUAAUGUUAUUUUAUCUACCGACAAUAAAUAAAUAUUGACUUGACAGUGCAGGUCAGAGAGAUGGCCUUUUUGAACCAGGCUAGUUCAAUUGACCCAUAUUAGACAUGUGUACAAAGGCCUAAUGAACCAUAAAUCAUGUUAUGCACGUUUUUCUGGUUUAAGAAGAAGACUAACAAUCAUUUUGUGGAUAUUCGCAUCAUGUUAUGGACAAUUUAUGAUUUAUUGGACUUUUACUUAUGCAAUGCCAGGGCUGCAGAUAAGUUUUUUGGCCUAUGAGUAUUUACUCAUUUUAAUUUUGAUGAAUGAGUAAAAUGGUAAAAUCUGAAAUUUACUAGGAGUAAUUUUACUCCUGAAAAUUUGUAAAUGUAAGAAAAACGGCAUGUUCUAAUCUCUGGCCUGGCCUCAUGAGCCCAAUUUUCGAUCUCACCAAGCCGGGCCAGCCCAGGCCAGGCCAGAUUUUAUCAAUCUCUAGAAAAUUGAUAAACUAAAUUUAAUUUGUCUAUACAGAAAUCUAAGCAUAUGAUUUCUCACAGCAGCAUUCAUCCGCCUGUAGCUGUUUUGUUUGCAUAAUUUGUUAAUGGCUGCAGGUCAAACUGAAUGAGAUACCAAGUCUCAGGAGAAUCAUUAACUAAUUGCCAAUCAUCUAAUUCCUGACUCAACUGUGGUUUCCCCUGAAAAAAAGUUUUAACCAUUUUUUGUUGUAAAAAAAUAUCAAGAAUGUUCAAUUUGGUUUUAAAACUUACUAGACUGUUUUGUAGUAAAUAGAAUAUCUGUUAGUGAUGAUCUGUAACUAUAUAAAUCAGUUGAGACACUGUGAGUAAAGCAUGAACGUGGUGAUAGAAUAAGAUGGCACCUGUCCAUUCUACAGAUAAAUGGCAAUUGUUUGACCACUAUACUGCCUGCGAAUCCUUUAGAGGAUUCACCUUGUUUGAAAUAUUUUAGUCACCACCCCAUCAUUCAGCUUUAAUGGGGUGUCUGAACUGUCAGUUUAACAGUUCUUUAGUUUAAAACAACAGAUCACUUAAUACUUCUAUUGUUAUAUAUAUUUUCAACACAAGAUGUCAGUAAGUAAAUGGGACACCCUUCUGUUCUGAGAGGCCGCCGCUGAGGCGGUUCUGAGAUGGUCAGUUUUAUCAAGGAUUGAACCCGGUCUCAUUCUAGUGUCAACUUUUGAUCUGAAAACAUGUCAAAGAAAUUGUUUCUGCAGCGCACUUACGCUGACAUUGUUAAAAAGGAUUACCGUGAACAAGAGUUUGACUCUGUAUAUGAAGAGUAGUGCUUUAGGGUAUAGAGGAUAGCUAACUAAUUUUUCCUGCAUUCUAAUUCAAAGAAACAGAAUUUAGUAGUUAUUUUUCUGUAUAUCAGACAGAAAACAACUAUUCUUUUCAAAACAUUCAGCAUUUAAAAUAAAUACGUGUGAUUUUCCCCUCCAUGCUAUUGUUUACAUACGUGCUGGUUUAGGGUGUACAGGAUAGCUUUGGUCAUUUUUUCCAUUAUUAGUUUAAAAUCCACAUCUAAACAAACUUCCCAAGAUUUUUUUACUAUAAAUCAGAAUAAUAAUGUAUUCUCUUUUCAAAAACAUUCAGCUUUUUAAAUUUCUAUGAAAUACUUUUCAUUAAUUGAUGUUUUUUACAUACACACUCAUUUAGUCAGUAAAGGAUAGCCUUGAUUUUUAUUUCAUCACAUAUGAAAAAUAAUACAAGAAGCAAACAUUUAAAAUGUAUGUCAGAAUGUCUGUCUGCAUGCCAGUAUAAGAAUGAUAUGAAAAUUUAUACAAUAAUUCAAGUCUAAAUGCAAAAUUUAUCAACCUAUCCCCUAUACCCUAAAAUCCGCUAUACCCUAAAGCACUGUACGCGUCCGUUUGUGACGAGUUUGAGUCUAUUUGUGAUGGGGUCGAUUUGAGCAUUGAUGAUUCGGAUGAUUUAAGUUUAGAAGGUGAACCAGGAAUUAGCUUGAUAACUCCUAAAAUGAGAUGCUUUCCAUACACUGACCUGAACAAAAAAGGCCGCGAGUGUAAUCUAGCCAACAGACAAAGUAGGAAGAGACCAAAGCCACGUAAGGUUGAAAAAGAACCCACAAGGAAGGUGAUUGUCAUCAGCAGUGGUAGCGAAGAGGAAUUGGAGUUACCAAACAUUACUCCGAAGAGCAGCAGGAUGAGAAGUUCACAGAGUGAAACAACUGACGACAUUGUUACUAUCCAGCAAAGUCCUGUAAAAGGAGAGCAAAUUGAUAACAUUGAACAUCAUAUGGGUGAUUCAAGUCUGCCAAUAUUCAAGAAUGGGUUCAAUAAAGGCUUAGAAACAAGAUCGGUCAUCAAUACAGUCCUGUCAUCGGAACGUGACUCACAACAAUUUGGUCAUGAAAGAGAUAUUUUGUGCGAUGGCCAUGGUACAUGGACACAAACCUCAACUAAAAUAAAGUUCUUCAAAAGGACAGGUUCCAAAUAUGAAGGUUCAACUGAAUCGUCUUAUGGAAAAGCAUGCUUUAUUAAGACAAGAAGGAUGUCAUUUAGACACUCAUCAUCUCCUGACUUCCAUAGAAUUGUUUUAUACAUUUGGGUACAUAAUGGUGUUAAUGACGCCGUACAUAACAUCGCUCUUGUGCAAUAUUUCUUUGAAGGUUGCAUUCAUCCAGUUACCGUUCCUCCGCAUGGCAAUUCAAAGAAAGGACAACCAUUUCACAGAACAUCAGAGUCAACUAAACAGGCAAUAAAAAAUAAGAUCAAAAAAGAAAGAUAUGUUUCUCCCAAGAACACAGUUCAUGAUAUUUUAAACAGAAAAGGUGGUAUGGAAAAUUUGCAAUCACCAGGGCCUAGAAAUAGAAAACAAAUCUCAAAUUUUAGCUAUUCAGACAAAUCUUCUAAUCCAGUUUUAGAACUUAUGGAACAUUGCAAAAUGCAGUCAUUUACACCUACUUCGGUUUUUGUUCGUGAAGUAACAACAUUACCAGAACUUUCAGUUUUCCUUGCGAGCGAUCAGCAAUUACGUGAUAUAAAAUUGUUUUGCACAAAUCCUAAAGAAUUUUCGGUGUUAGGGGUUGAUGCAACAUUUAAUGUUGGCGAGUACUACUUGACCCUUACAACUUACAGAAACUUGAUGUUAUCCAAUAAUAAAGCCUUAAGGGUGUAAUCCUGUUUUCUUAGGUCCAGCUCUUAUUCACCAGCGGAGAUUAUUUGACAGUUACUUUCAUCUGCCAUCUUGCAUGCUUAAGUACUGCCCAGAAUUAAAAAAUCUACUUGUGUAUGGUAGUGAUGGUGAGAAAAAUAUAACUGACUCUUUUGACACAUGUUUUGUUCGUAUUAAGCACCUGCUGUGUGAUAUCCACUUGAAAGACAACAUAAAAAGUAAAUUACAGAAUCUUGAUAUCAAUUCAGAUAUUUCAAAACAGUACUUGGAAGAUAUAUUUGGUAAGCAAAUUGGCAAUAUUAAACAUCCUGGACUGGUUGAUUCCCUAAGCUCUGAAUUGUUUGACAAAAAACUAAAGGAAUUAAAAGACAGCUGGAUAGAUAGAGAUCCAAAUGGUGAUGAGUUUUUACCUACUUUUUAACCUACAAAAGCGAAAUUAUAAAAACUUCAAUGACAGCCGAGAUAAGAUCAAUGGCAGGAUUAGGUUUUCCACCCAAAAUGUACAACCAAAAUGCUAAUGAAUGCAUUAAUAGUGUUAUAAAAAGAGGGUUGAAAUGGAGAAGAUUAAACCCAAUGGAAGUUGUUCAACAUUUGGAGCAUAUAGUGAAAAGACAAUAUGAAGAAGUGAAACUGUCAAUUUUGGGCAGAGGAGAAUACAGAAUUUUGGAUAAAUAUACCGAACAUCAUGUAAACGAAGUCGGGUAUUAUCAAAUGACUAAGUCACAAAAGGAAAAUAUAGAAAAGCGUUUUUUUUCUGCCAAGGUCAAGGAUGUAAAAGAAAGUGUAAUUCUGGAUGUAAAUGACAAAAAUUCAAUUAGUCUCUCCAUAUCACCGGAAAAAAGUAAAAUUGUUACUGUACCUUCUCAAAUUGUGAAGGAGAUGUUUCACAAGGCAGCAAAUUUAAAACAGAAUGUGAACGAAAUAGUGAAAACUCCAAUCCCAAAUUCGACAAUAUAUUAUGUAUCAAGUGUAUCAAACUCUCAGUGUCCUCAUGCUGUCAAUAUUAAAGGUUCAGGUCAAAUUGAAUGUGACCAUAACUGUAUGCGGUUUUCAACUUUCAAAAUAUGUUCACACACACUAGCAGUUGCAGAUAAAUUAAACAAACUACAAACAUUUCUGGACUGGUUUAAUUGAAAACAGUUUGUGCCAAAUAUUAGUGCAUUGGCAAAUUCUAACCUACCAUCUAAUAGAGGUAAGAAGGCGACCAAAGCCACACAAAAGCGAAAAGGAGGAGACCCGAAUAAACGUUGUCCCGAACUUCUAGAAUUUACAACAGAAACUUUAAACACGCAUAGCCCGGGCUCCUACAGUGCUCUGAAAAAAGCUUCUUGUAGUGCAACUAUAAAUGAUGCAUAUGAAUUGACAUUCAUUCAUGGAGUGAUUAAAAAGUGUUACGGUUGCGACAAACAGUUUACCCAAGCACAACGGCAAUUACCAUAUGACUUAAUUAUUAAACAUCUAGAAAUUCCGCCACGUUAUGACAAAGAGAACAAAACUUGCUAUGCAUCAAAAUUAAAAUCAAAUGCAUAUUACCAUUUAAACAUUGAAUGCGUGAGAAGAAUUCACAGCGAUUUUGAAUCAUCUAUGUUGACUAUUCCUGCUCCGGUACAGAUAGGACUAUCCGGCGAACACAGAGAUGUGCUCGACACUGCUGGUUUUUUAUCACAGUAACUUCCAUCCGGUGAUGCGCUUGUGCAGAAGUAACUGUUUAUUCAUAAAUAUAUGAUAUAUGGUUAUAUCAUACUACAUGCAUACUGUUACAUGCACAUGUAAAGUAUUCUAUAAGCAUUUCCAUUGCCAUUCACUUGAUGUUUAAAAGUUUUAGCAUAUUCGGUUAACAGCAAUCUUUAUUUAAAAACAAACAGUUGGUUUAAACAAUAUUUAUUUUCCAAAUAUGUAUAAUACAAUCAUAGAUGAAUGAGUAGGUGAUUAAUACAAACAGUUAACAUUGAUUUAUUUCCAUUCAAUAUAUAUUACUUCAUGUGCAUAUUAUCUUAUGAUUCAUGCUUUGUAAGUCUUUACACACAUCAAAGUGAGUAAAUAACAGAAAAUCUAAAAAAGGUGGCAGAAAGGUGCUUUUCCCUUCUGAGAAAAUAUAUUGCAAUUUACAUUUUCAAGAUAAAAGAGUAUUAUGUCAUGGCAUUUAUAACUAACAGAAAACAUCUAUGUCCUUUAUGGUGGCAUGUCAAAUUAGAAUUCAGGAAGCAUUUAUCUGCCCAAUAGCUAUCAGUGAUUGUUUAAUCUUAACAGUUAUGGUUUGUCUGAUUUGUUUCUUACAAAAUUAAUACAAGAAGAAAAUAUUUUAAAUUUAUUUCUUUUUUAAACUGUGUGAUUAAUAUUCUAUUUUGAUCUAGAAAGAAGUUACACCUGCAUUACUUCUAAAUGUAUUGAAGUGGUAAAUUUAUCCAUAAUUUUUAUAAGGUAUUGAAGAGAAUAUCUAAUAUCUGUUUAUAUGUAAAGUAGCAUUAUUUUCAUUUUUAAAAUAUGAGCAUGCACAAAUAUAUAUUAUUAUGUAAAUUGUUUCAAUUAGAGCAUGAAAUAAAAUAUUUGCUAAUGUU